AUGAAAGACCCAAGUCGCGUCAACAACAACCCAAGCCUCAACAACAGCGAAUUUAUCCUACAUGGACAGUUCAUCAAUGAUGACAAUCCCUUUGCUGAAUACAUGUGGAUGGAGAACGAGGAGGAAUUCAACAGACAGGUACUCUACUUAUUCUGUCUAUUGAUUACGUACUAGAUUAGGUAGCUAGUUUAUUUAAUAUUUCAUGCCUGUACCACACACAAAGAAAUACCUGUUUUUGUAAUAGCAAUGUAUCAUUUCAAUAAUUUACAGUGUUUUGCAAAGAGUGGGUGUCUAAAUUAUUUUGAAUGCUUUGUCCCCAGAUUGAGGAGGAGCUGUGGGAGGAGGAGUUCAUUGAGCAGUGUUUCCAGGAGAUGUUGGCGGAAGAGGAAAAUGAAUGGUUCAUCCCAGCCAGAGAUCUCCCUCCAACCCUCGGUCAGCUGCAGGACCAACUCAACCUACUGGUCCUCUGUGACACAGGCAUCGUCGACGGCCUGGCGGUAAAUGUUUCAGUGGUUUUGUUUGUCCAGGUCUCAUUGAAGUAA